AUGGCGUCGACCAGAGACGUGGGCCACUUUGACCUGGAGGAGCGUGCCUCGUACAUCCAUUCGGCCACCACGAAGGGCGGCGCCGACUUUAACGAGCUCAAGUCGCCCGGUGAGCUCGAAGACGGCGGCGCGCUUGUGUCUGGCGGGGCCAUCUCGCUCGUGUCGCGCGAGGCCUUUGCACUCUUCUCGCAGUACUUUGCCAUUGGCAUUCUCUACGGCAUGCUGCCCGCGAUGCAGUACCCGGUGUUCAACAACUAUCUGCACAUGGAAGGCUACCAAACUUCGGCGUACAGCGUGCUUGUUACGCUCGGCUGGUCGUUCAAGGUCUUCUUUGGCAUGCUCUCGGAUUGCUUUCCCAUCUUUGGCUACCGUCGCAAGAGCUGGAUGCUCAUCGGGUGGACCGUCGCGACGAUCUGCCUCUGCGUCAUGACGUUCACGCCGUUCGGCGCGCCGUACUGCGACGCCCGCGAGAUCAAGUGCCCGUCCGUGACGCCGUCCAUCGCCAACCUCACUCGCGACAACAAGCUGCAAUACUACAACUUUGACGCGCCCAACGGCGGUACCAAGUUUAUCGUGCUCACGGUCCUCGUCGGCUUUGGCUACGUCAUGGCCGACUGCGCAGCAGACGCGAUGGUCGUCGAGUACGCCCAGCGCGAGCCAAUUGCGAUCCGCGGUCGCACCCAGACAGCGAUUUACACGAUCCGGUACGUUGGUACGAUGCUCGCGCAGCUCUGCGUUGCUUUCCUCCUCAACGGCAAGGUCUACGGCGGCUCGUUCGACUACGCGGUGACGCCGAAUGUCAUGUAUGCCAUUUGUCUCGUGCCGUGCGCACUCAUCAUGGUCAACACCAUCUUCGUGCUCGCCGAGGAAAAGUCGUCGGGCAUUUCGUUCACCGCUUGGGUCGAAAGUUUCUGGGGCCUCCUUCAGAAGCGUGUCAUGUGGCAGGUCGUCGCCUUCAAGUUCAUCAACCAAGUGUUUGCGUCCUUCUCUGCGACGCCGAGCUCGCCGAUCUCCAAGUCGUGGGCCGGCGUCGAGCCGCUCAACGACUCGCUCUCGGGCGUCUUUGGCUCGCUCAUCACGUCCGUCAUCAUGGUUGCGAUCGGCAAGUGGGGCCUCAACUGGAACUGGCGCUGGCUCAUCGCGCUCGGAUCGAUCGGUAUUGUCGUCAUCGACGCCUUUGUCGUCUUCUUCACUAUCUGGGACGUCAUUCGCAACCAGUGGUUCUUCAAUGGCGUCGCGCUCGCCGAGAACGUGCCGUCGAGCGUCCGCUUCAUCGUGGCCACGGCGCGACCUACGGCCUUGUGA